AUGCAGCACUCUUUCAUCGUAAACAUCACCAUCAAAAUGACCUUGGAAACCGCGGGCGCAUUAUCCAGUCUCAAGACUGCCAUUGAAGAUGGAUCUAUGCCCAGCUGGGAGGAGCAGCGAGGCCAUGUGCAGCAGCUGAUCAAAGAGAUCUGCGAGUCGUACGACCCCAUCAAAGAUGGCAUGGUUGUAAAUGCCGUGACAGGCCACCAGGAGGAUGCUCAGGAACAAAUCCACCGAAUAGUGGGGCUCUUAGACGCACCGCAAUUCAAGAGCAGUCCACCCUUCACUCUGAAGCGCAUGGCCGAACUAUUGACCGAGCCGUUCAAGUAUUACCCUCAGAACCACCUCGCCAAGUUUCUGCGAGCUCUGGAGCGGGUAAUGUUGGUGUCUUCGUCCAUUGACGACUACGGCCAAGUGAGUGUGGACAUUCACGAUGUGCCGACGGUGGAGGACGGCGAGAAGAUCAAACCGGAUACGGGAAUUGUGCUGACGCCGAUCCCGUGGAUUUCUGAGGGGGAUACAACCAAGCUUGAAAAGGGAGGAGAGGAGACCGACGCCGUUACCGCCGACGAACAGGACGAUGGGGUUAAGCCAGUACAGAAGGAGCAGCAGGAAGAGGGUAAGCAGCAGGAGGGCAAGAAGGAAGACAAAGAGGAAGAGGAGACCAAGGAGAUAUCAGAGGUACCAGCAGAGAAUGUUUCUCACGAAGCUUCUAAUGUGUCCGUGGAGAUGGCAGAUGUGUCUGGAGAUAGCAUUUCCGAGUCGAUGACGACCCACGACGUUUCUGUGGAAAUGACGGAUGCGGAUUUGUCGGCGGAAAUGGCCACUCACGAUGUACCAGAUGAGGUUGCUCAGGAGAUCAGACAGGUUAAGAGUGAGGAGACCCAGGGAGAUUUGCUCACCACGGUAGUUGCUGACGUGACCAACAUAAACCAUAAGCAUGGAGAGAGGAGAGAGGUGGAAGCCGAUACUGCAGAGGAGGAGAAGAAGGAGCCCACGGAGCCCACACAGACUACAGAGAAGGAAGCCCCCGAGAAGGAGUCAACCUCAGAGAAGGAAACAACAAAGAAGGAACCAACAGACAAGGAGCCAACCGAGCCAACGGCACAAAAUGGAACCACAACCGAAACCGAAGAAGAUAGAGAGGCAAAACGACUAAAGACGGAGUAA